AUGGUUCUGAAGUUCAGUUGGAUUUUUCCGAUAAUAAUCAAAGGAUCAAAGCGAUUGUUAAAAGAAGAAGAUCUAUAUGAGACUUCAAAAUAUCACACUUCAGAAUAUCUAGGGGAUUUACUUCAGAACGAAUGGAGUAAAGAACUGAAGCGAACAAAUCCAAGCAUACUGAAAGCUUUGUUACGAUUUGUUGGAUGGAAAUAUCUAAUAAUAAUUUUACUUGCAAUUAUCAAGGCAAUUAGACUGAAUCCUUUCUGCCUAGAGAAGUCAAACGUUGGACAAAUGGUAAAUCUUCUAGCAAAUGAUGUCAGCAAAUUUCAUAAUGCAAUUAGACUGAAUCCUUUCUGCCUAGAGAAGUCAAACGUUGGACAAAUGGUAAAUCUUCUAGCAAAUGAUGUCAGCAAAUUUCAUAAUCUUAUAUUUGCUCCAAUUGUCAUACCUAACUGGGUUGAUGAACAAGCUAUACGCAUGACGACAUAUUACAGAGAGAAAGAUUGUCAUCUUUCCAAAUAUGCUAAAAAAGUCGAUGGACUGAGUAAUCAAUCAGAAGCUGCUAGUUUGGGAGACAAAAGAUUGAACUUAUUAAAUGAGAUGAUUACUGCUAUGAGAUUAAUUAAAAUGUACACUUGGGAAUUGGCAUAUACCAAAUUAAUAGAAAAAAUCAGAAUAAAAGAAAUGAAAAAAGUUGAAUUGUUUUUGUAUACAAGAGGAAUAUCAGUAAUACUUGCAUAUCCUGUAUCGAAAUUAUUUAUUUCAUUGACAUUUCUUGCAUUCUUUUUGAAUGGAGGACAAUUAAAUGCUGAAAUUGUGUUUGUCACUAUGAGUUUUUCAGUGUUUAUAUUUACCAGCACUUUUAAUUUAUUUUCUCAAGCAAUGAAUUUAGUUGCAGAAAUUUUGGUUUCAUUGAAGCGAAUUCAGAUCUAUCUAAAAAUAUCUAAUAUAGUAGAAAUAUCUUCAGAUGAAUAG